CCGCCGGCCCCGAGGCCGCCGCUCCGCUUGCUCCCCGCCCUGCCUCCCCUGCUCCGCGAUGAAGGCGGCCCAGGCCGCGGGCGAGGGGGCGCCGCCCGGCGCGCGGUCCGUCAAGGUGGUCCUGGUGGGCGACGGCGGCUGCGGGAAGACGUCGCUGCUGAUGGUUUUCGCCGAGGGUGCCUUCCCCGAGAGCUACACCCCCACGGCAUUCGAGCAGCUCACCGUGAAUCUGCACGUGAAGGGCAAACCUGUGCACCUCCAAAUCUGGGACACAGCAGGGCAAGUUGACUACGACCGCCUGCGGCCCCUGUUCUACCCUGACGCCAGCGUCCUGCUCCUCUGCUUUGACGUCACCAGCCCACACAGCUUGGACAACAUCUCUAACCGGUGGUACCCGGAGGUGAAUCACUUCUGCAAGGAGGUGCCCAUCAUCGUCGUGGGCUGCAAGACUGACCAGCGCAAGGACAAGUUGCUGGUGAAGAAGCUGCGGAAAAAUAGGUUGGAACCUGUGACCUACCACAGGGGCCAGGAGAUGGCACGGGCCGUGGGCGCCGUGGCCUACCUCGAGUGCUCGGCUCUGCUCCAGGAGAAUGUCCACACCAUCUUCCAGGAGGCGGCCAAGGUGGCCCUCAGCAGCCGCCGUCGCAACUGCUGGAGGUGGAUGACCCAGAGCUGUUGUGUGGUGACCUGAUGGCCUGGAGCGCUCCUUCCCUGACCACACCAGCAGCACAGGAAGGAGCUGGGCACUGACCUUCUGGCCAGUUGGCUGAGCUGGACCUAGUCCCCAGGCUGUGACCACCGAACUGUACCUCAAACAGAUGUGCACCUCCGAGGCCGGGACCCUGACCCUGGCGCUGGUAUUCCUGGACUGGAGAGGAACCCCUCUGAGGCCUGAGGAAGUGGGUUCCGAGCUUACCAGCCCUGUGGAGGAGUAGGCCUGGAGACCCCUGGAAUCACUCCCAGCUCCCAGCCCUGGACUACACAUCCUGGAGCAGCCUGUGCAGCCUGGCGCCACCUCGUGGCUCUUCCCGGGGCUGCACCUUCA